CCACAGUCGACAUUCAAACUUUCAGCAGCACAACGACUACAGGAGGAAACAUUUUGGGAACGGAAUUUGAGAGUUUCUCUUAAACUUACGAAAGUAUUUCUUCAACUUUUCAUUUGUCUGGAUCUACCUACCUUUUUUGGGGAAAAGAUGAUGUUUACCAGUUUCAACACGGAGUGCGGCGACUCCUCUCGCUGCAGCACCGCUUCUCCGUCCGGGGACAACCUGGGAUACUACCCGUCCCCAGCGGGAUCAUACUCCAGCAUGGAAUCUCCCCAGUCUCAGGAUUUCACCGACCUGACAGCAUCAAGUGCCUCCUUCAUCCCAACCGUCACAGCUAUUUCGACCAUCCCGGAUCUGCAGUGGAUGGUCAAUCCUUUGAUUUCCUCAGUGGCCCCCUCUCACAGAGCUCCCCCCUAUAGCUCCAAACCCAGCCCUGCGUAUUCGGCACCAGGCAUGAGGUCUGCUUCCAGGGGGCAUAACUCCACCAAGAGGUCCAGAAUGGAACAGGUGACAUCUGAGGAGGAAGAGAAGAAAAAAAUUCGCAGGGAGAGAAACAAGCAGGCAGCAGCAAAAUGCCGCAACAGGAGGAGAGAGCUCACAGACACUCUGCAAGCUGAAACCGACGAGCUAGAGGAUGAGAAGUCCCUCCUCCAGAACGACAUUGCUAAUCUCCUGAAGGAGAAGGAAAGGCUCGAGUUCAUUCUUGCUGCCCACCAACCCAUCUGCAAAAUCCCCUCAGAGAUGGAGACCGACUUCUCCGUGGUGUCCAUUUCUGCGUCCCACCCCUUCCUCUCCACCACUGUGUCCUCCAGGCCACAGAACACCAUCCCCAAGGCAACAACCUUCACCUCAACCUCCAACUCAAUCUUUUCCGGCAGCAGCAGCAGCAGCAGCUCCGUCCUCUCCACUGCCGCCGUCUCCAGCAGCUCGGUCAAGAUGAUGGACCUGGACUCCUCCGUCCUGGAGGAGUCUCUGGAUCUGCUGGCCAAGACGGAGAUGGAGACCGCGCGGUCAGUGCCAGAGGUGGACCUGUCCAACUCCAUCUACACAACUCCAGACUGGGAGCCCCUUCACGCCACAGCCAAUAGCAGUGACUUUGACUCCCUGUGCACCCCCGUGGUUACCUGCACACCAGCCGGCACCACCUACACAUCUUCCCUUGUGUUUACCUUCCCGGAGGCAGAGACCUUCCCUACGUGUGGCAUCCACUACAAGACAGGAAGCAGCGGCAACGACCUGUCCUCUGACUCCCUCAGCUCCCCAACCCUGCUGGCCCUAUAAAGACUCUUCCAACAACAAUACUACUUCCUAUCAGGCGCAUCUUCUUUAUUGUUGAGAUAAAUGUGCAGAUCACACGCAGGGCUUUAGAAUGGACUUUGACCAAGAAGCAACGUAUUUAUGAUUUUAUUUGCCUUUAUUGAUACUUGCCUAUUACGCCGAUGUAGCAAGUUUAAACGCAUGAUUCAACUGAUACCACUUAGUCGUUUAUUGAGUUCAUGUAUGAUUUAAUGGUGCUAAAUAACAAAACUUGUUGUAGUGUUGAUGUGUUCCGAGCAAUAGUUAUUAUUGAUCCGGUUUUGUUUUCUGCUUAAUGGAUUGUGUAGAAAAAAUAUGGUGGAAAAAACCCUUUAAAACUGACAUGUUUUGUCUUAACCAUGAUGGUCUGAGUGGUCUAUGAAGUUUUCUGUGAAAACAUUAGUGAUUUUAAUUUAUUCAAUUUAAAUUUAUUUUUUUACAGAGUCGAGAUGAAUGCUGUUAGUACGAAAUGUAAAUAAAAAAAAUACUAUUGCUAUUUAAAUUAA